UUCAAAGUCGUCGUCAUCAAAGGACACAUAUAUAUCCAAUUCAAAUCUCCGUCAGGCAAUCAAAUCAAGUCCGUUGAAUUUUACAUAUUCUCAGUCAGAUCGAGAUCAGAGUGACCGCAGUGUACCUGUUGCAAUGACUCUAACUCGCCACGUGUCCUUCAAAGAAGACAGCACCGACCGGUCCCCCGCCCCCAGCAGCUUCGCCGGUUACUACAGCGACUCCGAGUCUCAGAAGAAGAAAUGCCAGCCCCGCUGCAACCGCUGCUGCGCGUGGAUCUCAGUUGGCGUCGGCGUCGUCUUAGCCGCCUUAUUCAUCUGGCUCAUCGUCUUCUACUCCUUCCUCGUCUCCAACAUGCCGCGCUUCUUCCUCAGCGCCGUGGAAACGCACAGCAUAAAGAUCCGCAAGGAUAAGAGCGGCGAUUCGACGUUGACGGCCAACGUCACCGUCCGAUACAACGCGACGAACGAUAACGACAAGAUCUCCUUCGAUUACAGCCAGAUGAAGGCCGCGAUUUCGCUCGACGGCAUCCACUUGGAGUGGUCGGAGGUCGCCGCCUUCCACCAGACGACGAACAACGUCACCAAGUUGGAGAUGCACUCCGUCGUGAAGAAUAUGUACGUGGAGGAAGCCGACGGCGAUGAUCUGAUGUCCAAUUCCCAGCGACACCUCAUGACGGUGGAUCUCACGCUGGUAGGGAACAUCAAUUAUCGCGUGGGCGAUAGUAGGAUAAGCAGUUGCCCCUUCAAAGUCAUGUGCCAACAAGCGCCUCAAACUGUCCUUGACAGCGGAGUCGGUUAUGGAUGCAAUAUUAGGAUGAGCCCUCUAAGAAUCUAACCACUAAGGUUAUCUUGCCGGUGUUUGAGGCAAUUAAAAUCAUUCCUCUUGGAUUCAUGGUGGGGAAGGAUGAAAAUAAUGAAGAUGAGAAAUGCAGUACUAACGUACACGUACGUAGUUUCAUGCGUUUGGUAGAUUAUUUCAAUUCAGUGGAGGGAACUACUUUCCGCCAUUGUUGAAAAAGAAGGUCGGGGGAGCAUGCAGCUGGACCAUGUAUCGAUGCUAGCUCAGCUCCUUUGUACGUGGUUGAUAUACACUAUAUAUACGUACAAUGUUGUAUUGUAUUUAACAUUAACAUGAGCCUACGAGAGCAAAGACCUGUCUACUCAUUAUUAAUUGAUUGUCGAAAAUAAAACAUCAUCAAUUACAUAAAUUUAAAGGCACUAUCAUGUUCAA